AUGCGAAGUCGCCCGUCGACGCUCGCGAUCGAUUUCGACGCUCUAUUGAGUCAUUACACCGGUAAUGCCCUCGUUGAUCGCUUGAUCGUCAUCGCCGAGAGGACCACGGACGACGUCGUCGCUCUAACGGCGCUGCGACACGCCAAGCGGGUGCUCGAGGAAGCGGUGAAUCCGUUCACAAUGAAACCGCCCGCGUUCGCGAACGGAGCGCUGUACCAGAGAGCACAGGCGACUGCUAAGCGUAGGAACAUUUCUAAGUCCGGUGUCGAGUUCACCGACGCCUGGAUCGAGGAGAACGCUCGAAAAUCCGACGCUGAAUUGAGAAAACUAGAAUCUGGGCUCACCGACCUGUUGACAGAGCGCGUCAAAGAGAAUUUGAGAAUGCAAUACGUGGAGCUUGGAGAUCAUUACUACGAUCGAGGCGACUUGAAGAACGCAUUGGCUUGUUACAUGCGCACGCGGGACUACUGCUCGACGCCCAAGCACAUCGUAUCGAUGUGCCUCAGCGUCAUAGCUGUUUCGCUCGAGGCUGAAAAUUUUGCUCACGUCAACGUGCACGCGAACAAAGCGUUGACAACUCUCGACCUCAUCGACGGUGAUGAAGGGGUGAUCGUAUUACGAGCUAAGUUAGCGUGUUCUAGUGGGAUAGCUGCUUUACGAAUGGGGCACUUCAAGGAGGCUGCCAAUAAAUUUACGGAGAUACCCAUGGAAAUCGGUACCUUGUACGCGAGCAUGUGUGCAACAAAGGACGUGGCAACUUACGGAACCCUAUGCGCUCUUGCGAGCUUUGACAGAAAUGGCCUGCGAGAAUUAGUUUUGGAUAACAAGAAGAGUGCUUUUCGCGCUCAUCUGGAGGCGGCGGCGGAAGUCAGAGAGGUGGUGAACGACUUUUACAACUCGAAGUACACAUCGUGCUUCGCAACAUUGGACUCCAUGCGAGACGUGCUCGCGCUUGAUAUCCACCUCGGUGCGCACGUUGAAACUCUUUACAAGCAGAUACGUGAGCGCGCUCUUAUUCAAUACGUCGAACCGUACAUAUCAGUGGAUUUGACGACGAUGGCUAUGGCUUUCAACACAACUCCCGAGGCGCUUCAAGAAGAGCUCGUGCGACUGAUAGCGACUGAGAAGAUUCGAGCGAGGAUCGAUGCGACGGAUAAUACCUUACGCGCAACGGGUGAAAAUCAGCGGUUGAAAGUUUUCGAACAAGUGAUAUCGGACGGUGAGAAAUUUGAGGAAGAGACAAGGGCGGCAAUCCUUCGCGUCUCCUUGCUCCGAAACGAUGUCAUCACAACGGCGCUUGACGGCGCUCGGGCACGAGAGCGUGCAAGCCGCUCGCAGCCCUCGUAG